AUGACGGGCAACCUUCGCGCGAAAGCGCUCGACAAGAUAGCGUCGCUGGCUGCAUCUUCCACCAACACCUCGUUUGACAAGUCUGAUCUCGACAGGCUGUGCCGAGCCUGCAACGUCAGUGGUCGCGGCCGUGAAUACAACCAUGGCGCAUAUAAUUCGAAGCAGACGGGCUCGCUUGGCCGCAUUCCCAUGUCAAUCCGCGAAUUCGAAGUCCUCUUGGCCCUUUGCAAGACGGCGCCCAGCAUUCUGUCUGCUCAGAGCGCCCAGAAGCUCUCCUACCAGCUCAUCCCCUACGUCCUCGAAGCGCACUCGCAGACUUUUGUUCCCUCGCCCUUCUUUCGCAAAAUCAACCCUUGCCCGACCGAGUCUUUGUCCUUCCACGUCACUGCCGCACUUCUCUCCCUGGGAAUCAACUAUAACGAGCUGAAGGAGACUGUCACAGACGGUAUCUGGGCCUUUACCAAUGCCUGCAGCCGAACAACCGAAAGCGUACUCUCCCCUCGUACUGGCGACCCCGAGAACCUCAACAUCGACGAGGCUAUCCGCACUCUCAACAUUGCCGUCGCCAUUCUCGGCUUCCUGGACGCUGCCGCGGCUCAGUCCGAUUUCUGGAAGGCCGGUGGUCGACUGGGUCUUAUCCAAAAGGUCAAGCAGCUGCUCUCUGAGCCCUUCUUGGUGGCGGUUGAGACGGCCCUGUCCACUAUCCGCAACGCUCACAGCGACGACCGCGACGUGCGAGAAUGGAAGCGUCACCUGCGUCACUAUUCUGCCGCUGGCCGUCCUCUUGGCGCCAUGCUUUUGCAGCGAAGCUUCAUGUGGCUUGUCCUUUCUAGCACCUCGCUGAUGAUCACCGAUGGAUCGCAGCUGCGCAAGAAGCACGUCCUCGACGUGCUCAUGGACAAUGACGGCGCUCUGCCUCGGCCUGACGGCUUUGUUGCCGAUGUUGACCUGCGAUCCAUUGACCUCCACGCCAACUUUGCCAUUGACCAGAUGAACUACAUUGAGGCUGGCGCCGACUUUGCUCGUCUUGGCUCGCCUUCUCAGCAGAAGCUCGCUUAUGCUGUCAAGUCCGCUGCCAUGAUUUCUUUCAUGAACUGCACCAUGCUCAACGAGGACGCUGCUGAGCCCGAGCUCAUGAUGAAUUGGCUGCAGCAGACCCUGGAUGAUCCUCAGCAGAUGAGCGACGACACCCUCGCCUCGACUACCCUGCGCUGCAUGGCCCUGCUUAGCCGCAUUGCUCCCUCGUUCUCCCAGACUGUGAUUAGAUCGCUGCCUCGUUUCAUUGUCCAGGAUGUCACUAGCACCGGCACCGGCGCUGUCGCUUCCAGAAGCCUUGCAUUUGUGCUGAAGAAACUGUCCAAGGAUGCCGUCAUUAGCACUCUCUACUCCCUCGGCAACGUGCUCAGCCCUGAUACCCAGGAGAGACUGGUUAACGGCCACACCAACGGGUCUGUCGACGGAGAGAACGGCCUAAAUCCUGUGUAUCAGCGCCGCCAGUCCAAUGCCAGCUCUAUUUCUGUCGAUAUGAAUGGUGAAGAAGAGGCCGCCAUUGUAUAUCGCAACGUCGUACAAGCAAUUUGCGGCAUUGCCACCGCGUACAAGGAUGAACAAAUUACAGCUCUUGCCCAGUCUAUUCUUCUUCAGAAGCUGGACAAGGUCAACGCUACUGUAGAUGUGCAAGUCAUUUCCGGCGCCGCCGACUUGGCUCUCAGUGGUGGCCAGCUUGAGUUCCGUUCCCUCUUGAAAAUGUACAACAGACUCGGCCACAUCGGUGUCAUUGACAAGAAAGACUUCUUUUCUGAGGCUGUUUUCAAAGGCCGAACUCACAUUUCUGCAAACCUUCGCCGCGAUUCGCCGCUCUUUGAUAUUUACUGGGAGCACCUGCUCGAGAGCAUCAUUGCUCUUGGUGAUGCCUACUCCCAGGGCCAGACAAAACAGGUUGAUGUUGACCUCGCUGCCCAGGAGAUUGGGGAACUGCUUCACCCGUUAGCAGUGCUCAUGUCUGCAAACGACCUCGCCGCCAGGCCGCUGGACAACGACGAAUCCUAUGCUCUGCUUCGGGAUGCUUGGUUUAACAUAGUUGUUCAUGGCUUCUCCACCUCGACGGAGCGAGGCAAAAGAUACUUGAACGAGCUGCGCAUCAUUGCCAUUCACUCACCACCGCUGGCCGCCGAACAGCGCGGCGAGCAAGUCGAAAGUGAUAUUGAGCUCAACACCGUCUUGCGUCGCGGAAAUAGCGGCGAGAGAGAGUCUCUGCAAAAGAAGCUGCUGACUGAGCUCAUUCCCAGCAAGGCCUCGGACAUCAAGGGCCUCAGCUACCGCAAGGUCAUUUUUCUGCACUCUGCGUAUCUCGUUGAGAUCCUGCGCGCCGACUCUGGAGACUGCACCAAGGUCCUGUCUUACUUUGCCGAGCGGAGCAUGCUGCAGAGAGAGGUAUGCAGCGUCAUGGAUGGCAUCUCCAAUGCGGUAGUCGAUAAAUAUGUCAAAAAGACCAUCAGUGGUACGGAGCCUGCUUUCUCGGCGCAGUACGCCGCCAAACAGCUUGCCACCAUCUUCUCUCGUUGCUGUCAUCGCAUUGAGCGUGUUCAGAAAGCCGCCUUUGCAUCGGCUGACAAAAUCGUGCGAGACGUCCCUUCCUCGCUCUGCUACCGCACCUCGCUCUUUGCCUUGCUCGAAUUGCUUUCUCUCAUGUGGUCCAGCUGCCUAGAGGCUGAGACUGACAUGUAUGGCCACCGAUCUACGUUUACGUCUCUACGUGGUAACGUGACUGUCCGACUCUCGGAUGACUACGAUUUCCGUAGUCUGACAUUGAAACAUCUGCAUCAAAGGGCUCGUGCCUGGGUUUAUGCAGCUAUCAACCUUGCGCCGCUUGAUGUCAAGGGCUUGCUGCAGACCUACCUGUCCGAAUUUGACGACGAAGGGACUUACGGCCACAUCUCUUUGGGUCGCUCUUUUGCCGUAGAACUCGGCUCGGCCAUCCCAAAUACCGACAAUCGCCUCCAGUCUCUCGACCAGGUCAACGAGUACGGCAUCAAUUCUGCGUCGGACCUGAUUGCGCAGUACACGACUCGCCAAGAGUAUCGAUAUGGCGAGACUCUGCCCGAUCGCGGCACCGAGCUCAUGAGCUUCAUGCAAAGUAACCGCAGACCCUCAUUCCCCCAGUCUUCUGGAGUGGACAGCGCCAACGCGGCUACUGCCCUUGCACAUGUGGAGGCUCGCAUUCUUAGUAAGAAGGCAACCCCCAUCGACGAAGUCCGUGAUAUCAUGCGCAGGGCUGCAGCACUCCUCUGCCGUAGCGAACAUGACGAGUCUGCGGUUGCUCGCUACCUUGUUAGCAUCCCAUUUGCUCUCUUCACCAAACAGUCAAUCAAGCUCGGCACUUCCCUCUGGCUUGGCGUCAUGAAUGAGAAUCCUCAUCUGGAGUCGAAGCUCCUCAAUGCUAUUGCUCAACAGUGGGAAUUUACCAUUUCCCGUCGUGUUGGUUUAUUUGACCCCGCACUGGAACAUCCCGAUCCUUUCUUCUUGAAGCAAGAAUUUUCUCCUAGCGACUGGGACAUGAUCAAUCAGCAAAAGCAAAAGGUGCACGACAUGCUCUCCCCUCACACCCGCCUGCUGCAAUUCUUCACCAGUCACUUCAAUGCCACUCGUCUGGGCAGCCCAGAUAUCCAGAGAGUCUUCUUGCGCCUCCUGGACCUUACACUUGACGCACUUAAGGACUGUAGCCCACACCCAAUGGCUCGGGAGAUCCGCUUCCAGAUCAUUCUGUUCAGUACAAAGGUCCUGCGAAACAGCACCACCAUUGGUCCUACCGCCCAAUGGAGACUCAAGGACCGGAUCCUAUCUGCUGGUCUGAGCUGGUUCCGCCACUCGCCCCGCUGGUCGUUUGGCAGCAACAUGCUCUCUCUCAAGACGGAAAUCCGACUUCUCUCUGAUAUCAUUGCCUCAUUGAAUCUCGUGGCGCACAUUGGAUCGCACACUGUAGGCAACAUUACGUCUCUGCAGAGCAAAGAUAGCUUGCUGAAAGUUCUCCUCGAAAAUGAACAAUCGCGUCUAGUUGUUUGGGCUAAUCCCCGCAACCUUUCUGGAACGCAAUUCCCAAGCCACCACAAUUCCAAGAAUGCCUCCGAGAACGCGCUCCUUCCCCUGGUGCGAACGGCUUGGUACCAAGACCCUGCCAUUGCCGUUGAGCUGGCCACUCGAUUCCACUUCCCUCGUCUCCGCAGCGAUGUUCGUCGCUUGAUUCUCACCUCACCUGAAAAGGUCAUUGAUGAGCCUGAGGCGAUACCGCUGAUGGUCGGUGGCCAGCUGCCCGACGAUGUCAACUCCCAGCUCAAGUAUCUCCUGUUCUGGGAGCCCGUCAACCCCAUCACCGCUGUGACUCUUCUCUCGCCUGCAUUCCGAGACCACCCUCUCGUCAUUCAGUACGCCAUGCGCUCUUUGGAAAGCCACUCUGUGGAUGUUACAUUCUUCUACGUGCCUCAGAUCGUGCAAUCGCUUCGCCACGACAAUCUUGGCUAUGUUGAGCGCUACAUCCUCGAGACGGCGCAAUUUUCGCAGCUCUUUGCCCACCAGAUUAUCUGGAACAUGAAGGCCAACUCAUACAAGGGUGAUGAUGCGGAGGUGCCCGACGAGAUCAAGCCCACACUCGACACCGUCAUGACCAAAAUGGUGGACAGCUUCAUGCCCGAGGAUCGCGACUUUUACGAGCGUGAAUUCUCCUUCUUUGACGAAGUCACUGGCAUCUCUGGCAAGCUCAAGCCAUACAUCAAGCGCCCCAAGCCCGAGAAGAAGCAAAAGAUUGAGGAAGAGCUGAUGAAGAUCAAGGUCGAAGUAGGCGUGUACCUUCCCAGCAACCCCGAGGGCGUUGUCAUUGGCAUUGAUCGCAAGUCGGGCAAGCCGCUGCAGAGUCACGCCAAGGCGCCGUACAUGGCGACGUUUCGCGUCCGCAAGAACAAGCACCCUGGUGACGCGCCGACCGACCUCGAGGAAGAGCAGCAGCUUGCCAAGCAGCAGGACGGCGUGCCUGAGUCGCAGGAAAACUAUAUUGAGGUGUGGCAGUCGGCCAUUUUCAAGGUGGGCGACGAUGUGCGCCAAGACGUGCUCGCGCUGCAGAUGAUUUCGGCCUUUCGCAGCAUCUUCCACAAUGUCGGCCUGGACGUCUACGUGUUCCCGAACCGGGUGACGGCGACGGGCCCCGGCUGCGGCGUGAUUGACGUGCUGCCCAACUCCAUCUCGCGCGACAUGGUGGGCCGCGAGGCCGUCAACGGGCUGUACGAGUACUUUAAAGCCAAGUACGGCAACGAGGACUCGCUGCGCUUCCAGGCGGCGCGCAGCAACUUUGUCAAGUCGAUGGCCGCCUACUCGGUCAUUUCCUUUUUGCUGCAGUUCAAGGAUCGCCACAACGGCAACAUCAUGAUUGACGACGCGGGCCACAUCCUGCACAUUGACUUUGGCUUCUGCUUCGACAUUGCGCCGGGCGGCAUCAAGUUUGAGCGCGCGCCGUUCAAGCUGACGAGCGAAAUGGUGGCCGUCAUGGGCGGCGCCACCGACCACCAGAGCUUCCACCAGUUCGAGGCGCUCUGCGUGAAGGCCUUCCUCGCGGCCCGCCAGUACCGCGACAAGCUCGCCCAGGUCGUCGAGCUCAUGAUGGACAGCGGCCUGCCGUGCUUCAAGCCGGAGUCGGUCCGCCACUUCAAGGACAGGUUCGUGCUCGACAAGAGCGAGCGCGAGGCGGCGGAUUUCAUGCGCGACCUGGUCAAGAAAUCGCACUCGAGCUACAGCACGGGCAUCUAUGAUCAGUUCCAGCUCCUGACCAACGGCAUCCCGUACUAG